CGCUGUUCCAGAUCGUCAUUUCCAGUUUGUUAAGUUGAAUUACACCUCGUGGAAAGUGAACACAAUGAUUAAUAUCUAAAUUCUAUCAAUGAACCACAGUAUUUCUCGAAUUUGCACAAAUAGUCACAACCCAUGAGACUGCUAAGAUUAAGUCCAACUACGGGACUUGUAUUUUGAAUUAUGCGGUUGCAUUUUGAGGAGGAAUGGUCUGAGUGCUGCCGAGACCCGUAGUCAGUCAGUGGCACCAUGUCGGAGGGAAGCUCGGAAAGUUCCUCACAGAGAGUGACCGUGGCUGACGUACAGCAGCUGGUGAAGAAGAAAGAUGCCAUCGAGGCUCAGAUCAAAGCUUACUACGAUAUUUUGGAGGGGCAAAACAAAGCUGGAAUGGACGAGCCUUUAGUUGAUAUUGAAGGAUAUCCACGAACAGAUAUUAACGUUUAUGAAGUUCGAACAGCUCGACAUAAUAUCAUUUGUCUACAAAAUGAUCAUAAAGCCUUAAUGAAACAAAUUGAGGAAGCACUCCAUCAGCUGCAUGCACGUGACCGGGAGAAGCAUAGACUGGAUGAGGCAGAAAUGCAUUCUGAAGCAAUGGAACAGGAGAAUAGUUUACCAUCUGCUUUUGCCAAAGUAGACACUGUUAGUCCAGGCUCACCUGCCUAUAUUUCAGUAAUAGGGGUUGUGGAUCUGCAAAGUACUGUCAAAGAAGCCAUGCAGAGUUGCUGCAGUGCACCUUGUAGGUGGUAUGCACUGUUUCCACUGUACAUCAGUGGUGGAGGAAGUGAAGACUAAAGAUGGUGAAUAGGAUCACAAUCAAGCAAUCUGUUGUCUUUAAAUCACUUUUAGUUUUUUUGAGUGUUAUGGAAGCUGAACACAUCAAGGCAAAUGUAGAGAAUUCAUUGCAUCGCAUUCUGACUUGUGCCUUGUGCGUCAGGGUUUGGGACACCACGUGGGGUCACAAACUGAAAUUUUGGGAUCCUGACUGCGAGGCAGCAAUGGCUGCCAUAGAUUCUGAUCAAGUUAUAACUUGAUGUACUUCAACAGGCUUCCACACUCACACUGACCUAUUCUCGUCCCAUUUAUCUCUGUCCCUCACCCACAUUUCACUAUCCACCUCCACUCAUUCCAGCCUGUUGUACCUGUUGCACUCUUCUCCAUUCCAAGCUUGUUCUUUUCGAUUACACUGACGAGUCAUAGUGAUUUUCAAAUCUCAAAGUCUUUUCAUGGUGGGAAAAUGUGUGGGAAGCACUGCUAGUGGACAGAUUUUAGCGAUUCAGGAUGUGAGUAUCUUGCCACAGAAUUUCCAGCCCCUAACCAGCUUUUGUAAGACAGUAUUAGUAGAGCUGUUCCAGUUCAAUUUGUGGUUAAUAAUAACUCCAGGAUAUUAAUUGCAGAACAGGGAAUAGGGAGAUACUGUCAAAGGGAAGCAAUAUAGAGCAGUAUGUAUACCAUGAUGCUGUUAAGAGUGGAGUUCCAGGAUUUUCACCCAGUGACAUUGAAGGCAAUGUUGUUCCAACUGAGAAUAAUAUGUGGUUUAGAGAGGAACUUGCUGGUGAUGAUAUAACAUUAGAACUGCUGCUUUUUAUCUCUCUAGGUAAUAGGGGUUGUGGAUCUGCAAAGUACUGUCAAAGAAGCCAUGCAGAGUUGCUGCAGUGCAGUGCACCCUUUGAUACGCAAUGAUACUGUCGCAGAUGGUUAUUGCCUGCCAGUAAUCAGCCCAAGCCUGGAUAUUUCCCAUGUCUUGCUGCAUAUGGAUAUGGACUGCUUCAGUAUCUGAGGCAUUAGGAAUGGUGCUGAUCGUUCUACAAUCAUCAGUGAACUUCUGACCUUAUGAUCAUAGAUUAUUGAUGAAACAGCUGAAGAUUGUUGUGCGAGGACACUAUUUGAGGAAUUCCUGCAUUGAUAUUCUGGGGCUGGGAUGAUUGACUUCCAGUAACACAACCACCUUCGUUUUUGGUGGGUGUGACUCUAACUGAUUUCCAGUUUCUCUAGGACUCCUUGACGUCACAUUCAGUCAAAUGCUGCCUUGAUAUCAAAGACAGUCACUCUCACCUCACCUCAUAAAUUCCCCUCUUUUGUUCACGUUCGGACCAAGGCUACAAUGAGCUCAUAGGGGCUGGAUAGUUCUAGUGAAACCAAAACUUAGCAUCAGUGAGCAGGUCAUUGCUGAGUAAAUGCUGCUUGAUAGUAAUGUCCCCUUGACAUCCCUGGAUUUCAGCAACAUAUAAGUGGAAACUGACUUCUUGGGCUGAAUUUUCCAAUUUUUUAGCUAAAUGUCAUUUUCGAGGAGAUUAUUGGGGGGUUUCCGCCAUGGCCUAUGGUGACUCUUCUCAUGCAACCUCCCACUGCUCGCCUCACUAUGUCUUCAGGCUUCAUAGCACCCUUCUGAUUCAAUCAUGUGACAGUGCUUGCACCUUCUAGUUUGUCACUUGGCCCUGGGAGAAUUAUAAAUGGGUGUAAACGAUGUGAAAUUAGCCAAUAAUGAGAUGCAGUUUCAUGAAAAUAAAGUGGUUGCUGCUUACCAGUGAUAUUUUCAUCAAACUAUUGAAACUUUGAGGGGAGAAAUGUACAUUUCUUUUCUCAAUGUUGAGGAUUGGGGAUAUUUUGUUCUCACUGUAUUCUCCAAAUUUCUUGCUAUUGUCCGUGCUGCUCAAGGGCUGAGAAAGUUGUCCUACAUUUUUGAAUGAUGUUGGCAAGGCGGAAUAUGUAAGAUGACCAACAGCAGAAAACAAAGAAAAAGAACAGGAAUCUAUCAAUCACCCUCUCUGCUCCUAUGAUGCUGCUUGGCCUGCUGUGUUCAUCCAGCCCUGCACCUUGUUGUCUCGGAUUCUCCAGCAUCUGCAGUUCCUACUAUCUCAGGAAUCUAUCAAUCUUUCCUUAACACUCAGCUUGAGAUUCAGUGAAAGUAAUAUCCUCUGAACAUGCUGGGGUUUCUGUUGACCAGAAACUGAACUGGGCCAGCUAUAUAACUACUGUCAUACUGUCAUUCUGUCAUAAAUACUGUCAGGUUUGAAGUUGGGAAUUCUGCAAUGAGUAACGCACUACCUAACUCCCAAAAUCUGUUCACCAUCUAGAACACAAUUCACAAUUCAUGGGUGUGUUGGAAUACUCUCCACUUGCCUGGAUGAGUGCAUCUCCAACAACGCUCGAGCUCAACACCAAUGGUAAUGAAUGACGGUGAAAGUCAACAACUAGCUCCAUUUUAAAUAUUUUGAGGGAUCAAAUCAUCUUUGUAAAAUAAAUUACAAUACUUCUUGAAAAAUAAGGCAAUUUUAUACAGGCAAACUGUUUCUCUUUUCUUCUAGGGUUUGCAAGUUGGUGAUGAAAUUAUAGAAUUUGGUUCUGUAAAUACACAAAACUUUCAAAACUUGCAAAAUAUUGCCACAGUGGUGCAGCGCAGUGAAGGGGUGAGUGCUGUACUUGUGGAAAACACUAUGCGUUUUUGAUUACAUUUGACUGUAUUCUGAAGAAAGCUUAAUGUUCAAAUUAGUUUUUCUUGAACUUAUUGCUGUAUCUUAACCA